UUCACUACUUGUAGACCAAUAGCAUUUCAGCUGAAAGAAGGAGUGUAACUACGAAGAUGGCGUCAUUGCGUGUGUUAAGACGUAAUUUAGACCAUGUUCAGAUUCUGAAAGGCUGGAAAGGUAUCUGUUCUCAGCAGAGCAUCCUCAGACCUGUCCGGGAUCCUUGGAAAUAUUGUGCCUUCUCUAGCCUGGGUGUAAAAUGGAUGCAAACCUUCGGCUCUGCAAAUCAUUCUCAAGUGCAUCAUAAAUAUAUUCCCAGAAGAGCAGUGCUAUAUGUACCUGGAAAUGAUGAGAGGAAGAUGCAGAAGUUAACUACUUUAAAUGUGGACUGCGUUGUAUUUGACUGUGAAGAUGGUGUGUCCACAAACAAAAAGAUGGAGGCAAGACAGAUGAUUCCAAGAAUGCUUGAAGAACUUGAUCUUGGCAGAACAGAGAAAUGUGUUAGAAUCAACUCUGUUUCAAGUGGUCUUGCAGACCUAGAUAUGGAAGUAAUUCUGCAUUCCAAAACCCUGCCUCCAAGUCUAAUGCUACCUAAAGUGGAGACUGUUGAUGAAAUAAAAUGGUUUGCAGAUAAAUUUUGCAACCACUUGAAAGACCGAACACUUACAGAACCUAUGAAUUUGAUUAUUUUUAUGGAAACGGCAGUAGGGUUACUUAACUUUAAGGCUGUUUGUGAAGAAACACUACAUAUAGGACUCCAAGCUGGUUUUCAUCUUGACGGAUUGGUGUUUGGAUCAGAUGACUUUUGCGCUAGCAUAGGUGCUACAAGGACUAAAGAAGCCAAUGAACUUAUUUAUGCUAGACAAAAACUUGUUGUCUUAGCAAAAGCUUUUGGUCUUCAAGCAAUAGAUCUUGUUUACAUUGACUACAAAGAUGAAGAAGGGCUUUGUAGACAGUCAAGAGAAGGCGCCUUGAUGGGUUUCACUGGUAAACAAGUGAUUCAUCCUAAUCAGAUCCAAGUUGUGCAGAAAGCAUUUUCUCCAAGUGAAGAGAAAGUGAAGUGGGCCAUGGAGCUGAUUUCUGCCUUUGAAGAACAUCAACAGUUAGGAAAAGGUGCAUUCACAUUUCAUGGAAGUAUGAUCGACAUGCCUUUAUUAAGGCAAGCAAGGAAUAUUGUUGACCUCGCCAAAGCCAUCAAUGAUAAAUAAUUACUGGAAAGCAUUUUCCUAUGUAUGUUAAAUGAUUCGGUUUCUAUGUAGGUGCUUAAAAACUAUGUUGUCAUAAAUUUGAUCUUAAAAGCAGUGUACUAAAACAGUUUUCUCACAAUUAAAUAGAUUUUUAAAUAAAGGACCUGGUACAGUUGAUCGACUAA